CAGUGAUAGUGAUUUUGGUGAUGUGUUCCCGUCUGCGUCUACUACUAUAUUACACCAACAGUUAUUACCAUAGAAAAGUAAUAAAUUCAGUCAUUCCAGUGAAUCGUGAAACGAACCACGACAUUGGUGAUCGUUCGAAACAAAUUUUAUACUUUGAUGCCAUUCUAAACCGGCAGUAACUGCAGCUUAGUACUUACGUAUCGCAUUAGGCAUCCGUGGCCGUCCGUCGCGCGUAUACUCAUAUACAUGUCAUUGGCAGUACUCUGCCGUCGCGUUCAACCGUCACCUCCGGACACUGGCCAGGACGAUCUAGAGCUGUUAUGAUAGUGUUGUUCGUGCGCAGGUAGACCAGGAAAGUUUUUGCUCCCUUACUCCCUUCGACAACUCGUUUCGCCAUCAUGUUUCGCAGCAAGUUCCGUCUGCAUACUUGCAAGAUAAUCAUUGCCACGUCGCUGUUGUGGAUCUUCAUUGACAUCAUGGUACUCAUGUACUACACUGAUUGCAUAGGUCCCAACUGCAAGGUGAAGAGCACCUCUGUUGUCAAUUCCGAUGACGGUGUCAAUGAGCUGUUCGCAGCCUCCGCAGCACCACGCAUGGGAUGGGGACCUGUGCAGGACAACAUGCUUGACCGUUUCAGGCACGGUGGUGACCGCAGCGACGAUUCCACUUAUCCUAGUCACAUGUUGAUGCGCUGGAAGCCGAUGCCUCCUGUACGUGAAAAGCGUGGUAAACAUGGCGAAGGAGGACGCGGUGUCACUAUGAAACCUGAACAAGAAGCUAUCAUGAAACAAAAAUUCAAAGAGAACCAGUUUAACAUAAUAGCUAGCGAUAUGAUCUCACUGAAUCGAUCUUUACAAGACAUAAGACAAGGAGAAUGUAAAAGCAAACAAUAUCCUACUUUGAUGCCCACCACUUCAAUAGUAAUCGUGUUUCACAAUGAAGCGUGGUCCACUCUUUUGAGGACUGUGUGGAGUGUCAUUAACCGAUCACCACGAUCCCUCUUGAAAGAAAUUUUGUUGGUAGAUGAUGCAAGUGAAAGAGAUUUUUUGGGAAAAAAAUUGGAAGACUAUGUUGCCACUCUUCCUGUAGAAACUAAAGUGCUAAGGACAGAAAAACGUUCUGGUCUUAUAAGAGCUCGAUUACUUGGAGCUAAACAUGUUACAGGCCAAGUGAUAACAUUUUUGGAUGCACAUUGUGAAUGUGCUGAUGGUUGGCUUGAACCACUUUUAGCUAGAAUUGUACUAAAUCGGAAAACUGUAGUGUGUCCAGUAAUUGAUGUAAUAUCAGAUGACACAUUCGAAUAUGUUACUGCAUCUGAUAUGACAUGGGGUGGAUUCAAUUGGAAGCUGAAUUUUAGGUGGUACAGAGUUCCUCAAAGAGAAAUGACUCGCCGAAACCAAGAUCGCACAGCACCAUUAAGAACUCCCACGAUGGCUGGUGGACUAUUUUCUAUAGACAAAGAUUAUUUUUAUGAAUUAGGCUCAUACGAUGAAGGAAUGGAUAUAUGGGGUGGUGAGAAUCUUGAAAUGUCAUUCAGAAUUUGGAUGUGUGGCGGCACACUGGAAAUAUCGCCAUGCUCACAUGUUGGUCAUGUUUUUCGCAAAUCCACACCUUACACUUUUCCCGGUGGCACAUCACAUAUAGUCAACCACAACAAUGCCCGCCUCGCCGAGGUCUGGAUGGAUGAGUGGAAACAUUUUUACUACGCCAUAAACCCAGGUGCGUCUAACGUUGAAGUUGGAGAUGUUUCUGAACGUUUGGCUUUAAGAGAAAAGUUAAAAUGCAAGUCUUUCCGUUGGUACUUGGAAAACAUUUAUCCUGAAUCUCAAAUGCCACUUGAUUACUAUUAUCUAGGAGAAAUUAAAAAUGUUGACUCCCAACAGUGCCUAGAUACAAUGUCACGGAAAAGCGGUGAAAAAGUUGGCAUGAGUUAUUGUCAUGGUCUUGGUGGCAAUCAAGUUUUUGCAUAUACUAAACGGUCACAAAUUAUGUCUGAUGAUAAUUGUUUAGAUGCUUCCAACAUUGUUGGACCAGUUAGUCUAAUCAGAUGCCACGGUCUUGAGGGCAAUCAGGCAUGGGUUUAUGAUUCAAAGGAAAUGACAAUAAAACAUAAAACUACAGAUCAAUGUCUAGAGCAUUCAAUGUCUGCUGAUCAGUAUGCUGCCAUAUUAAAUGAAUGUGAUGGUUCACGUAGCCAACAAUGGACAAUGAAGAGUAACUUUCACUGGCAAGCUAGCUCAAGAUAACGUAAUCUAAUUUUUUACUCUUUACUUUAAUCAAGUGUUAUUUGUUUAUAUAUGCAUAUAUACAUUUUGGGGAUCAAAAUAUUUACUUAUAAGUUCUUAUGAACAAAAAAAUCUACUUAAAUAAUAAAAUAAAAAAAAUCUUUUAUAUUACCGAACAAAUUAGAAAUAACUUCCAUGACAGUUCAAAAAUACUUAUGAUAGAUUCUUAAGAAUUUCUACUUGGUGACUAUUUAUCCUUGCCCAAAAUAUUACACUCUUUACAAUACCGCACUAAUAUUUUUAACACAAUAAAAGGAUUCAGUGAAAACACUUGUGAUAUUUAUAUAUUAUGAUAUAAGUUAUAAUUAUUAUUAUAUUAUAUUUUGUAUAAUAAAAAAAUUAUAAAAUAAUUUUUCCCUCUUAUUAAAAAAAUUACCUUGUGGUUUAGAAUUGAAAUACAUAAUAUGUUAUGUAUCUGAUAUUUACAUCCGCUUUUCUUUUUUAUACAAACAAAUUCAAGUGUUCCAUUCGUUUUUGUACUAUAACUAGGUAGUUUUUUCUUCUUUUUAUUCAAUAUAGUCAUUAAUGCUCAAAAUUAUAUCCCAUAUGGAGUUGUGAAUAUAAUAUAUUAAGUUUGGUACACUAAAAUGCUGUUAAUAUUGUACGGUAUAUUAUGUUCAUUAUCAUGUGGUAACAUAGACACUAACAAUACAAAAAUAAGUUGUUGUUAGUUUAUACUAUAUAUAGUGAAUACUUGCGAUUUCCACUUGUUUUAUCCAUACUUUUAAUUCAAAUGAAUUAAAUUGUUCAUGAUUCACCUUUCAAAAGGGUGUGUAUAUACUAUAUAUAUAAUAUAUAUACCUGCAUAUAGGAUAUGUGAGCUUCAUUGUAAAUUUAAAACUGAUGACUGAUCUAGUUAUUUUAUUAUGUGUCUAAUGAAAUAAGGAACAACUUUUUUAUUAUGAAAUAUCAAUUUCUCAUUUGUUUUUUAGGUAAUAAUAUAUAUUUCUUUUUAAGCAAUAAUGAAAUUCCAUUUUUAGUUCUUAAAAAUAUGUAUGGGGGUUAGAAGAUCGGUAAAUAAUAGUUUGAAUUUAUGCUAAACAUUUUAAUUUUAAUUUUAACAAAAAUCCUGUCUAAGUAAAUGUCUUAUCUCUCCUUUUUUUUGGUAUAAAUAUAUAUCUUUAAUCUUAAUUUACCUAAUAAGCAUUUAUUUUUGUACUAAUUCAAUAUUUGUGUCAUGGAAUUACCAUAUCAAAUGAUGAAUUUUGAAUGUUUGUAU